AUGCCUUCAACAAAUUUAUUAAUUAAAUGUAAAUGUUCUUCUGAAUUAACAUUAACUAAUACUUAUCAAUGUUCUCAUUGUUUAAUUUCAUUUUGUUAUCGAUGUUUAAUCGAACAUCAUCAUACUGAUAUUAAAUUUGAAUUUAUAGAUAUGAUAAAUCGAAUUGAUAAUAUUCUUGCUCAAUUCUUAUAUCAUGCACAUAGUCAAACUGAAUGGACUAAUCAUUUAACAGAAGAUCGAGAUCGAUUAAAAACAUAUGUUAAAUAUAUAGAAGCUUAUUAUAAAGAUCUUCCAAUUGUUGCAUUACCUGAUUUUCAAUGGAUAACUCAUGUUCAAAAUCUUAUUAAUAAAAAUUCAAAGGCUAUCUAUGAAAAUUGUUCUACAUUAUUAUAUCCUUUAAGUUCUUUUAUUAAACUAUAA